AUGGCUGCACCACAGUACACACCUUCUUCGGAGAUCAUUCAUCUCGUACACACCUUCAGCGACACCCUCGAUGCACUGCCACCGGCGUUGACGCGCUCCAUCUCGGAUCUGAAGGAGCUGGAUGCCGUGCUCAGUGGUCAGUCUCUGCCUGCUGCGUGGCUUGACGAGCUUGUGCAGCUCAUAUGGGUGACUUAUCCAUUCUAUGGACUGUACGCUCCUAGGCUCGCUCAAUGUGAUCACGACCAAGCUGCAAAAGCUCUUGACGAUGAUGACCACCCCGCCCUCGUCCUCGUCCUCGUCCUCGUCCUCGUCCUCGUCCGACCGCGCCGCGUGCACACCCUACGAUCGACUGCGACUUCUGAGGGAGGUCACUGAGGAUGCUCGCGUGUUCAGGCUCGGCGGUGAGGACAAGAUCAGGGUCGCGACUUCGACUUGCGAAACGGUCAGUCGACGGCUUUCUGGCGAUUGGGUCCGGCGUGCUGCAUCGAAGCCUUGCGCUUACGCUGUCGAUUCGCCUUGCGCGUUGAAUUUAGAUUGCCACCCACCAAAAUCACCUCGCGACCCUCUCGACCUUACUACUCGAGUUCCUCCCCGCUCUAAUGUUGCCGACGCUGCCCGCCCCUUCGGCUCCUCACGGCUACCCACAAUCCAACACCGCCGACACCGCGAUCCAACGACGCCAAAUGUUCCAUUUACCGCCCGAACGUCACCCAGGUCAAGGAUCGACGUCGAGGAUGUCCGCUGCGAUGGGCAUGGCCCGUGACUUGUACGAGGCGACGUCGUCGAGGAAUACGACGCUCGGGAAUGGAUCCGCCGCCGGCGCGCGAACGCUUUCGACUUUGGCACCGAGUGCUUCCAAUCCCGCCGCGGGAGCGAGUGGGGCCGCAGCAGGAGGAGGAGGAGGAGGAGGGUCGCACAAGAAGCCUCGAGCGCAGAACGCCAAUGCGACUGCGCACGCCGAAAAGGAAGCGAGCAAGCACCCGAACCAAUACACCAAGAAGCGAAUUGCGCAGGCCCACCAGACCGCCCAAGCGAAUGCGAUCGGCGUCCAUUCUCUCACGGCCCAAGGCGGCGUCAUCGCCAGUGCGCCGGCCGUCAAUGCUCAGGCUGGAGUUUAUGCACAUUCGGCUUCGCUCGGUGGGAUGACCGCCGUUGAGGCCGUCAAGGAGAAGCGGAGGCUCGCGGGGACAUCGUCGAACACUGGCGUCGAUUAUGCUCAGAGUGGAGGGGGCCUGUACCCCGAGGACCAUGCGAUGCCGCAGAGCAUAUCGCCGAGGGUCGGGGGCAAGAGGAAGGGCGAGGAAGGGUAUGGGGCCAGGAAGAAGAGCAAGAAGACGUAUGUGCUGAUGCUGGUCUGGAGAUCGCCGACGUCCCGACGAUGCUGAACUUGUCCUUUCCGCUAUCACAGCGUCGAGGCUUCCCCCGAUCCCACACCCCGAACAUUGCCGACUUCCACUACGACCACCACGUCGGCUUCGGCUCCCACGACCACGACCAAAACCGCUCGACGAGCAGCGACCUCGGCCAUCUCGGCCAUCAAGGACUCGGCGAUCGACCCCUUCGGUAUGAACGCCCAAGAAGCCGCGGCGACGACGCAACAGGCGUCGAUGAACAGGCUGCAAGAGGCCGCCGACCUCGGCGACGACGACGAAACGGACAAGACGUUGUACUGCUUGUGCCAGCGCCCGAGUUUUGGCGAAAUGAUCGCUUGCGAUGGACCGACGUGUCCGCAUGAAUGGGUGGGUUUGCGAGGGGAUCACUUCACUGCACCUUGGAAGACGCGACUGAUGCUAAGCUUCUAUUGCCUGGGCCCGACAGUUUCAUCUCGACUGUCUCAAGAUGUCGUCCGCGCCGAAAGGGAGUUGGUUCUGCGAUUAUUGUCGGGUGGGUUUCCCAAGUCGUACCUAUCUCGCUCUUAUUUGCGACCCAGACUGACGAGCGAUUGCUUUCAUCAACAGGCGGAGAAGGAAAAGAAGAAGGGCGGUCGUCGGUGA